CAAGUCUGGCGAUGCUGCCAACUUUGGUAUCUUUAAGCAAAACUGGUUUAUGCUUCGUACCUCCACUUCUCAAUUCAAGGAUCAACCUGCUAGUGAUUCCGACGACGGUGCUGUGCUUAAUAAGGAUCUUAAGGCCGAUAUCAAAGCUAGACAUGAGUCUCAAAAGUUCUAUGGAACUGAAAAAUGGUUCGGUGGCCAUAGAAACGGCGAAAGCGGCUUGAACAACCCCGAUACAGUCGAUAUUAACACCUACAAAAGCGGUGUUAGCUGGAUUCAGGACCAACUUGCCAGCGAUCCCAAGUACUUGAAGGACGAUACCAGAUUCUGGGUCAAUGUUACCCCUAUCUAA